AUGCAGGACGACGACAUGAGCUUGGACUUUGGCGCGCCGUCACUGCACCCGCCGCCCGACUCUUCCGCGCCUCCCGCGAUGGACCUAUUGUCCUACUUUGACCUCACGCCCUCGACAUUCCCCUUCGCCGGCUCGAAACCGACCGAAAUUGAGCACCGGCGCGCGCUCAUGUCCGACCUGCUGAUCUACGACAUCCUGCUCCAACACGGCGGCAUCAAAUCGCCGCACGCGCUCUGGCCACCGCACUCGCCGUCGGGCCUCGAACAGCUGCUGGACGCCAUCCAGGCCUCCUCCUACGACUCGCUCAAGAACGACUGUCUCGUCUACUUUUUGUUAAAGUGGUACUGCGACGGGCGCGAGACGGGGUUCGCGGAAGACGCCGCCAUCCCGCCGCAGUUCGUCGCGCUCACCGACGCGUACUGGCACCUCGACUCGGGCCUCGACGUCCAGCGCGCUAUCCACCUCCUCUCCGACCGCCGCGUCAACCGCGAGCAUUCCUCCAAAAUAAUACAAGCUUUAUCACUCUCGCCCAAAUCCACCGCGGACAGCCUGGUCGUCCAAUUCGUACAGGUCGUCAAGCCGGUCCUGGUUGAGCCGCCGGAGAUCGAGGCGUACGGGCUGGCGCUGGCCAGGACGGAUUUCAACGGGGCGUGGGGGUACCAGCGGGCGUUCGAGGAGGGGAGCGAGACGCGGGGCGUGCUGCUGAGGCGGAUCGUGCAGAGCUGUGUCGCGCCGGUCAACCAAACACAAAUAAUGGCGCUGUACACCGUGCCCUUCACGCCGUACGAGCAGUCGACCGUCGAGUCCCUCGCCCUGACUUCACACCCGGAUAUCCCCGCGAGCGCGCAGAGUAUACUGGCGGACCUGCUCGUCGCGCGCCUGAUCCAGUCGGGCCAGCUGGCAAAGGCGGUGCUGAUGGACAGACGGCUGAGGUCCGCGCCGGGCGUGCCGCCGCCGAGCGAGACGCGGAGAGCGAUGGUCGACGACGCGCUCGCGUGUUUGCCCGCGGUGGAGAAGAUGGUACUCGACGACCAGAUAGCCGCCUUGCCGCCCGCGCCCGCCGCGCCGAAGAAGCAGAGGGAGCCGACGCGGGACGUGUCCAUGUCGUGGGAGGAAAUCCCGCCCGCCAAGUCGCCCGCCGUUGUCGUGCCCGAAAAGGAAAGGCCCGUCGAGAAGCCCGCGCAAGCGCCCGUGUCCGUUGCGCGUAAACCGCGUACGUCAUAUGGCUCGCCUGCUCAGCCUGUUACUAUUUCCGGUCGCAAAUCCUCUGCGUUCAACGCUGCCAACGCGCCGUCUUCGCCGUUUGCGCCGCCCGCCGCUUCGUCGCCGAGACCUCCCAGCACCUCCAAGGCCGGCUCGUACCUUGCAUCUGCGCAAGCGACGCCUGCACCUACAGCGCCAGCGAACGAGAACCCAUUCGCGAGCACCUCAAAGCCGCCCUCGAACAGCCUCUUCGGCUCGAUAUCCGCCACCACCGCAAACGCCAACGCAACAGCUAAAGCGCCCCGCCUCUCAUUCGGCACCACACCUCUAAACGCCUCGACCAGCGCCUCCGCCCCCGCGUCCAAACCCAAAUCGGCAUUCUCAUCGUCCACAUCGUCAAAGCCCGCAGGCAGCCUCUUCAAAUCGACAACAACGAGCACGCCCGGCUUUCCGCUCGGCGCUUCGCGCGCUGUUUCAGCCAGUCGCGCGCCGAACGCCUUCUUCAACCCGCCGCCGCCGCCAACGAUUGCGAGGCCGGUGCUGGAGCAUCAGGAUACGGACGAUAUCGAUGCGUUCCUCGCUGCGGGGUCGACGCAGGUUUCGGACCGCGAGACGUCGCCCGUUCCCGCGCCCGCGCCGGUGCAAGAGGCGUUCUCUGAGCCCGAGGAAGAAGAAGAGCAAGACGAGCUCGAACCUGAACCCGAGCCCGCGCCUCGCCCGAAGAGGAAGUCCAGCGCAGCGUCCAAGAUACCCGUCGCGGCCAAACCCAAGACGCGCCGCAGCACGAUCAAGAGUCAACAUCGCGAGCCGCCGAGCCCGUCGAGCAGCCCGCCGCCGAGGAAGCGGACGACGCGUGCGCGCAACGGGACGGCGAGGGCGCCGAGGAUGAGUAUCCCCGGUGCGUUUGAGGUGGACGGGGGCGGCGAUACCGAGCCGGAAUCAGGACAUGAAGAGGAGGAAGAGGAGGAGAAGGACGAGGUUGCCCCACUGCCGGAGGUGCCGAGCCCGGUCAAGAGACGCGCUACGCGGUCAAGCAUGAGCGUUGAACCUACGCGGCGGAGCUCGAGGUUGAGCGUUGCGAGUAGUUCGCCGGAGCCGGUUAGUAAGAGUCCGGUUAAGGGAAGGAGGAAGGGGGCUGCUAGAGCGGGCGGGGCGGGGAAGGAGAAGGAGAGUACGAGUGCGGGGAGGAGUACGAGGGCUACGAGGAAGCGGUAG